UAUUUAAAAAUUCAAAUUAGAGUAUUAUUUUGUAACCCUGUCUUUGGAGCCGUCAUUAGUAUCGUCGUAUUUGGUGUCAUCGCUAGUGUUGUCUCAUUAGUGUUGCCAUCCUUUGAGGUUGGGUCUUUCGUCAGAUUAUAUUGUAUUAUUGUUCCAUGGUUGGUCUACGUUGGGUCUUUUGACUUUUGUUAUGGCAAGACUUUUGUUGCUUCACAGAGAGUUCAUUCGCCGUUUCACUGUGGUGUAUUGUCAGGGUCUUUCGUUGGUUUAGCUUGA